AGUCUGGACAUGUGUGAGCAGCAACAUCAGUGAGUCAGUGCGAAUGUUACAUCCACACACAUUAAAUGUUAGAAGGUAUCCGGAGUGACACCCGGAAUGCGUUUCUGGACAUCACAUCUGCCUCGCUUCUCAUCCUGAAGAACAUUCAGUCAAUAACAGAACCAUCAUCAUCAUGUCUGUAAAGAUGGACGGAGCCCAUAAUAAAUGGGCGGCGGUGAGGGGUCGACUCGGCUCGUCUCAGGAUUCGGACCCCUCGCAGGAGGCCAACCUGGAGAACGCAGAUGCCGAGCUGUGUAUCCGUCUGCUGCAGGUGCCCACCGUCGUCAACUACUCCGGCCUGAAGAAGCGUCUGGAGAAGAGCGACCAGGUCUGGAUGGUUCAGUUUCUGGAGCUCUCGGGACUGGACCUGCUCCUGGAGGCUCUGGACCGGCUGUCAGGACGAGGCUGCUCUCGAAUCGCAGAUGCUCUGCUGCAGCUCACGUGUGUGAACUGCGUGAAAGCCGUCAUGAACUCGUCGGCUGGGAUCCACUUCAUCAUGGACAACGAGGGUUACGUGCGCAAACUAUCGCAGGCUUUGGACACGUCUAACACUAUGGUGAAGAAACAGGUCUUUGAGCUUCUGGCGGCCCUCAGUAUGUUCUCCUCAGAGGGACACAGACUCGCCCUCGAUGCUCUGGAUCAUUAUAAGUGUGUGAAGAUGCAGCAGUAUCGCUUCAGUGUGGUUAUGAAUGAGCUUCAGGCCACAGAUAAUGUGCCUUACAUGGUGACCCUACUGAGCGUCAUCAACGCCAUCAUCUUCAGCAUCGAUGACCUGCACCAAAGAGACAAGAUGCGCAAGGAGUUCAUUGGAUUACAGUUGCUUCAGCUACUGCCAAACCUAAGGGAAGAGGAGGAUGAAGACUUGAUAAUCCAGUGCGAGGCGUUUGAAGAGGCCAUGGCUGAAGAUGAGGAGGAACUCUUGAGGGUUUAUGGUGGGAUUGACAUGAGUAACCCUCAGGAGGUCUUCACAUCACUCUUUAAUAAAGUUAGCAGUUUCCCAUCGUCCCUACAGCUGUUGUCUAUAUUGCAAGCGUUACUGUUGUUGGGUCCCGAGCGAGUAGAUAUCUGGCAGGCUCUGGAGUCACUUACUAACCGGGCCAUUCUGAUAGCACACAACUCGGAGAUGGAUUCAUGUGAGAAGAUACUGCAGCGUCUUGUCUUCGCUAAGGAACCCACCAAAGGUUCUUUUGAGGUUGACAGUCGCCUGCUCAAACGAAAAAAUCAAGCCGUUCAGACGGAGACGAAAGAUGAGAAACUGCCAUCAUCCACUCCUUCAGCACCUCCUCUGACCGGUGUGGAUUCAGCAUUGUCUGUCAAAACAAGAACUGGGCCUCCUCCACCACCUCCUUUACCACCAGGUACAGCGCUACCUCCACCACCACCGCCGCCUCCUCUUCCAGGGAUGGGUUCUGGAGGUCCGCCACCUCUUCCAGGGAUGGGUUCUGGAGGUCCGCCACCUCUUCCAGGGAUGGGUUCUGGAGGGCCGCCGCCUCUUCCAGGGAUAGGUUCUGGAGGUCCACCGCCUCCUCCUCCUCUUCCAGGGAUGGGUUCUGGAGGUCCACCGCCUCCUCCUCCUCUUCCAGGGAUGGGUUCUGGAGGUCCACCGCUGCCGCCUCCUCUUCCAGGGAUGCUUUCUGGUGGUCCACCGCCGCCGCCUCCUCUUCCAGGGAUGCUUUCUGGUGGUCCUCCACCUCCUCCUCCUCUUCCAGGGAUGGGUUCUGGAGGUCCUCCACCACCGCCUCCUCCUCCAGGUAUGGGGAAUGUAAUAGUCGCCAGGAGCGUCCAGCCUGUUGGUCAGUGUUACAGCAUGCCUGUGAGGACGUGUGCCUAUCCCACCCAGAGAAUGAAGAAACUCAACUGGCAGAAACUCAAUUCCAGAGCGGUAACAGAUGGUUCUUCAAUGUGGGCCUCAGUUCCAGGUGAUUCUCCUCUGGAGCCCAACUACAGCAGCAUCGAGCAGCUCUUCUGUCUGCCGGUGGCUGAACCCAAAGACAAGGGCCCCGUCUCCCCCGCAAGAAAAGAACCCAAAGAGAUUUCCUUCAUUGACCCCAAGAAAAAUUUGAACCUGAAUAUAUUUCUGAAGCAGUUUAAGUGCUCAAAUGAAGACUUCGUGACGAUGGUUCAGAAGGGCGACUGUUCUAAAUUUGAUGUGGAAUCCCUAAAACAGCUUCUCAAACUGCUUCCUGAAAAACACGAGAUUGACAACUUAAAGUCCUUUCAAGGAGAUCCAGACAAGCUGGCCAAUGUUGAUCGGUUUUACCUUUCGCUUCUGGCUUUACCGUGUUAUCAGCUGAGAAUUGAGUGUAUGUUACUGUGUGAGGAGGUUCUCUCCACGCUGGAUAUUCUCACACCCAAAACCCAGCUGCUCGGGUCGGCCUGUGACUGUCUCAGACAAAGCUCAUUGCUGCCCAGUUUCUGUAAGCUUAUCCUUGAUGUUGGAAACUUUCUCAACUAUGGAAGUCACACGGGUAAUGCUGAGGGAUUCAAGAUCAGUUCCCUGUUGAAACUCACUGAAACCAAAGCAAACAAGAGUCGCAUCACACUCUUACAUCACAUCCUGGAGGAAGCAGAAUUGAACCAUCCCGAGCUGCUGAAUUUUCCAGAUGAUAUUGAGGCCUGUGAGAAAGCCGCCGGUAUAAAUCUGGAGUCGAGCCAGGCAGAGGCGAGCGCACUCCUGAAGCGGUUGAGAGAUGCUGAGAAGAAGGUGUCGUCUUCGGUUGAAGAUGUCCGGGAGCAGUUCUCAGGGCUCAUUGAGAAGAACUUGCUGGCGUGCGAAGCUCUCGAGGAGCGUUUCGCUAACAUCGAGAAGAGAAGGAUUGAUCUGGCUCAGUAUCUCUGUGAAGAUGCUGCUCAGCUCUCGCUCGAGGAACUCUUCAGCAACAUCAAGAUCUUCAGACAACUCUUUCUCAAGUCCCUGAAGGAAAACAGGUUUCGCAAAGAACAAGCGGCUAAAGCGGAGAAACGCAAACAACAGCUGGCGGAGGAGGAAUCCAAGAGACGGAAAGGAGAAGAUGGGAAGAUUAUCAGAAGAGAACCCGUGCCGGAGGAGGGCUGUAUCAUCGACCAGCUCCUGGCAGACAUCCGGAAGGGUUUCCAUCUGAGAAAGACCCGUCCCAGGUGCGAAACGGAAAGUGCGUCUUCUAGUGAAAUUCAUAGGGAUGCCAGAGAGCCUGCAGUAAGUGUCAGGUCUGUCGAAGAAGCCGAUUCAUCUGCAGUCGAGGCGUCUCCAACAGUCCAAGAUUCUACUCCAGAAGGUCCGGUCAGAGAUUCCGUCAUCAGUCCCAGAGGUGAACCGGCCUCACUGGGUAACGGCGAAUCAUCUGAAACCACCACCACAAACCUCGACACACAGCACAACUCAUCCGUGAACGCCGUAUCGGCGGAAAAUGCCUCUGUGGACACAUCGGCUCAGGAAAAAAACCCAUCAGAAGGCAGUCGUCUUGAGGCCAGCUCAGACCCAUUGCCCAAUUGCCUUACGCCACAAAAUACAGAUCCACCAGAUCAAAACUGCAAUGGGAACAAUAUCAAAGCCACAGAAGAUGAUCAGACUCCUGCUCCAACGAAGACGUCAGACUCUUUAAAUUCUACUCGUGUAAACGGAGGUUGUGAAAAUAAUGACUGUAAGAAAGAAAGAGACGACCCGCUGCAGUCCUGUGAUGCGCAGACAGACGGAGACAGUUGUGUUGAAACGCAGCGGUCACGUGAUGAACUGGAUGGGCAGCUUUCACAAACUCCACCCACUCCUGCUGUAGGCCCCGCCCCUGCCCAACCUGAAAAUAAUAAACGUUUCUUCCAAAGAAACAAAAAAAGCAGUAAUGAAGUGGAGGGUGGCAGAAGGAAUGGCCGCAGUAAAAAGGCGUGUGUGUUGCAGUAAGGAAAUCUAAGGAGAAAGAAGCCCAAAGGCCGGAGGAAAAGCUGAGCGUGUUCCUGUGAUUCUGGGUUUCAUCAGCUACAGACUGACCUGAGAUCAGCACCACACACACGAUCCUCUGCACCUUAUACAGUGGAGAACCGACUAAAGCAGUACUUAAAAAUAAAAAAUACACGUUAUACAUUUUUUUACAUGUGUUUGAGUUUGGUUUGACAAAAUAUGUAUUUUUAAGUGCAAAAUUUGGCCAAACUGUAUUUUAAAUAUUUACACACGUUAAGAUACAUUUGUGAACUGUUUACAUGUAUUACAAGAGUAUUUAAGAUUUUGAAAAGAGUUUACUACACAAUAAUUGCCAAAUAAGGAUUAUAGUUGUGUAUUUCACAAAACCUUAAAAUUGCUUUGCUUAUGCUGAAGCCUUUAAGAAAUGUAUUGUUUACUAUUAAUAUUCCUCUGAAUGUACACUUUAUAUGUUAAGAAUAUUUUGGUAUUAACCAUAAGUAUUAGUUCAUUUAACAUGCUCUGAUUGUAAUAGCCUCACAAACGCGAUUAGGACUAUAUUUUGCAUUUGUGGUGGUUAAUGUCCUCCAGGAUCUUUAUGAGCGAGUUUCACAUGGAUGUCAGUAUGUAUUUCGUGCUUAACAUUAAUGAGAAAAUUUAUAACAUGUAUGAAUUAAAAAGCACAGUCAAUGUUGA